UGUCAGGAGCAACGGAUUUAUGUGUGCGUCCUCUGGACAGAUAGGAGCUGGCCGCGGGGGAUGGAUGUGUGUGUUUUAUCCCUGACGAGGUUUACACGGUGACAAUGGUGUCGAAGGAGGAAAAAACGCAACUUUUCAGGCAUUUCCAUUGAAAGUAAAUUUAACUCAUGGAGAAAGGAGCAAGUCUGGAGUCAUGAGCGCAGGUGUGAAGAAGCCUCCGUUAGCUCCCAAACCUAAACUCCCCUCCAGCAGCAGGCCGUCCCCCCCGCCCAUCGCCCCCAAGCCCGGCCUCCCGCCCCAGACCGCCGCCGCCGCCGCUCAGCCGUCCCCCGCCACGCUCAAGCGGGAGAAACCGGCUGUCGCUCCCAAACCCAGCAUCCCCAAGUCCUCCUCCGCCCCGGUUCUCCCGGUUUCACCCCCUCCACCCAGACCCCCCCAGCCCGAGGAGCAGCAGGAGGCGUCGGACGACGGCGUCUCGCUUCUCAACUCCACCAAUGGGAUUCUGUCGGAGGCCGGCGGGCCAGACGCGGAUUACUUUAUUCCCACCUGCUCCUGCGUCGGGGAUGGACGCUGCCAGCCGCUGGAAAAUGGGAACGCGGGGGAGAAUGGCGUGCACGUGGGCGAGAGUGGCGUGCACGAGGAGCCGGAGCAGAACGGAGCACUGGCGGAAGGAAGAGGAGAACCGCGGGAGGAGUCGGGAGCUGUAGAUCAGGGCGAGAGCGCACGGAUCAGCAAGAAGCCCCGAGACAAACCCCAAAGACAGAGACACCUGGAGAGAGCGGCGGCGAACCCGGAGGCUCAGAGGACCGAGGAGCGACCGGAGAACGCCUCAGAACCGGACGGACGCCAGGAAUGUUCUGCCGAGCAGCCUGCCGCUCCUGAAUCGACGGUCCGGUUUCCAGACCCGACGGCACGUCUCCCAGCCACGGAUGUUGCAGGCAGCAUCAUCGUCUUUUCCAGCACCGCCCUCGACCAGGAGGUCGCCGCCGCCGGCCGGCUCCACCCCGACCUGCAGGUCCCCGCCGCCCCCUGCAAGCCCCUCCCGGUGCCUCAGCCCCGGAGGCUGAAGAAGCCGGCACUGGUGAGGCAGGACGGGGUGGAGGCCACGGCGGAGGCUUGCGAGAAGCCGUCACCUCCAGGAGACUCAGAUCCAGGAGACAUUCCCGUCCCGCCUCCCCGGCAGACCUCCCUCUCUCCUCGCCUGCACAGAACUGCCCCCCCUCUCAGCAAGAGCUCCUCCCACUCUGACCUGCUCGGCAAGGAGGGCGAGGAGGAGCGGGUGGAGGAGCGGCAGGCGGAGGAGGACGAGGACGGCGGCUACGGCGACUUCAAGCGCUACCCGAUCACACACAGCCUCCCCAAGCAGAUGAAGCUGGGCUGCCAGCCCCCGCCCAGGAAGGCCCUGUCCUCCGAGGACCAGCCGUCGCCCCGGGCGCCGCCCAGGAAGCCCCAGAGACACAGCCUGCCCGCCCCCCCGCCGCCCUCCGUCUGCCCGCCCGCCCCGCCGCACGCCAACACCCCCAUGCGGGCGCUGCCAGCGCCGCCCCAGGAGAAGAGCGCCUGGCGCUUCACGCGACCCUGCGUGACCUUCUUCAGCAGACAGGUGCCCACCAGGAGCAGCGUGCCCCCCAAGGGCCGGGCCCCCGCCCUGGGGGGCAAGCAGAGGGCGCAGUCCUUCUCCGCCGCCGACCUGGCCACCCGGGCCGGAGCGCAGAAGAGGAGCCUGUCCUUCCGGAAGCUUCUGGAGCUGCGGCUGUCGGUGAAGAUGCUGCCGAAGCUGCUGGCCAAGGGGGGGCAGUCCCUGGACUGUACCAGCGUGGAGUCCCACGGCGGGGGGAGGAGCCUGGAGCGGCCCAGCAGCUGCAUCGGGGAGGGCGACUUCUGCGUGGAGGGGGUGGACGGAUCGGUGGAGUACGAGAACGUGCCGCUGUACGAGGAGAUCCCGGAGUACAUGAACCUGCCGUUUCACGGUGGGAGGCCGGGAUGGACGCUCGACUCCCCGGACGCCGACAUUUACGAGGUGCAGGAUCCGUUCCAGCGCUGUGCCGACCACGAAUAUGAGAGCGGCUGGCUGAGCCAGGACGUCCACUCAGAGGAGGACGAGGAGAUCCACAGCUCCGACGACGAGGACAACAGUUCCACGUCCAGCAAGGAGCAGCUGGACGAGGCGGACCGGCAGCAGGAGGACGAGAUGAAGAGGAAGAAGGUGGUGCACAUCGCCCAGGAGAUCAUGAGCUCCGAGAAAGUGUUUGUGGACGUUCUGAAGCUCCUCCACAUAGACUUCCGGGAUGCGGUUGCCAAGGCGACGCGUCAGAACGGCAAGCCGGUGGUGGAGGAGCGGACGCUCAGUCAGAUCCUGUACUACCUGCCUCAACUGUACCAGCUGAACAGAGACCUGCUGAGAGAGCUGGAGGACCGAGUGGCUCACUGGAGCGACCACCAGCGGCUGUCGGACAUCUUCGUCCAGAAGGGCCCCUACCUGAAGAUGUACUCCACCUACAUCCGUCAGUUCGACAACAACGUGGCUCUGCUGGACGAGCAGUGCAGGAAGAACCCGGCGUUCGCCGCCGUGGUGCGAGAGUUCGAGAUGAGUCCAAGAUGUGCGAGUUUGGCUCUGAAACAUUACCUACUGAAACCCGUCCAGAGGAUCCCUCAGUACCAGCUGCUGCUCACAGAUUAUCUGAAGAACCUUCCAGAAGACUCGGAGGAUUAUAAAGACACUCAAGCGGCUCUCGGCAUCGUCAAGGAAGUGGCCAACCACGCCAACGACAUCAUGAAGCAGGGGGACAACUUCCAGAAGCUCAUGCAGAUCCAGUACAGCCUCAACGGACAGCAUGAGAUCGUUCAGCCUGGACGGGUGUUUCUGAAGGAGGGCACUCUGAUGAAACUGUCCCGGAAAGUCAUGCAGCCGCGGAUGUUUUUCCUGUUCAACGACGCCCUCAUGUACACCACCCCGGUCCAGUCCGCUCAGUAUAAACUCAACAGCGUCCUCUCUUUGGCGGGGAUGAAGGUGAGCAAGCCGAGCCAGGAGGCCUAUCAGAACGAGCUGAACAUCGAGAGCGUGGAGCGCUCCUUCAUCCUGUCCGCCAGCUCGGCCACAGAGCGAGACGAGUGGCUGGAGGCCAUCGCCAGGGCCAUCGACGACUACACCAAGAAGAAGAUCAGCUUCAUCUCCAGCCGCAGCCAGGAGGAGGCCUCCGACGGCGCCGUCGACAGCGGCGCCCCGCUGGGCUCCAAGGCUCCGAUCUGGAUCCCUGACCUGAGAGCCACCAUGUGCAUGAUCUGCACCUGCGAGUUCACCCUCACCUGGAGGAGGCACCACUGCCGAGCCUGCGGGAAGGUGGUGUGUCAGGCCUGCUCCACCAACAAGUACUACCUGGAGUACCUGAAGAACCAGCCGGCGCGAGUGUGUGAUCACUGCUUCGCCAAACUGCAGGAGAACAGCGACCGCUGCGCCUCCUCCUCCGUCUCCCCCAUCAAGUCUGGAGCCUUUUCCUUCACCAGGAAGCAGAAGAAGAUUCCCGCCGCGCUCAAAGAGGUGUCGGCCAACACGGAGAACUCGUCCAUGAGCGGCUACCUGAACCGCUCCAAGGGCAACAAGAAGCAGUGGAAGCGGCUGUGGUUCGUCAUCAAGAACAAAGUGCUGUACACCUACGCCGCCAGCGAGGACGUGGCGGCCCUGGAGAGCCAGCCCCUGCUGGGCUUCUUCCUGCGGGAGGAGAAGAACGGCCCGGCGCAGAAGCUGCAGUUCAAGCUCUACCACAAGAAUACACUGUUCUACAUCUUCAAGGCCGACGACAUCCCCACAGCUCAGAGGUGGAUCGAAGCCUUCCAGGAGGCCAUGAUUCUGGAGCAGUAGUCGCUCUUCUGAGCCGCCGAAGGGUCAAAGGUCAAGUCCAGAAGCGAGCGCAUGUGUGGAAGUGAGAGCGAGGAGUCUGGGAGGCAGUUUGAAGAAACACACACACCAUUCAGUUUUUUUUUUUUGGUCAACCACAGUUUAAUCUCCUGGAGCCGACUGGAAUCAACGGGUCGUUCUGUGAAUAUUAUGAACCUAAAUGACCUUUUUUUUUGUUUUUAAAUACAUGGACCAGAGCUGAGAGCUAAUAUUUAUAAGAGAGGAAGAUUUAUUGUUUGAAAAGCGCGGGCUGCCUCUUCGUUCUGGGAGUCAAAACUUUCCUUUCACGCCUUUUUUUAUCGUCUUCUUCUGAACCGAGUAAACACUGUGGACGAGGGAAUAUGAGCAUGAAUUUUCAGAGAGGUCAUUCCCUCUCAGACCUGUAAAGCAUCAGUUUUCCUUCCAGGGUACUUUGGACUUCCCAUCUGGACCAAACUGGUUCCAGGUCCCUCGUCCAGACCGUGGUCUGUCUUCAGUCCCAGACUUCUCCGUGAGAGGAUUCCGGAAGUUAAAUUCCGUCAGCUUUGAGAUCAGUGUGGUUUAAAGGUACAGUGUGGAAUGUUUUCGAAAGAAUUACUCGGAUUUUAAAAGUACAAACAUGCAGCGAUUUUAAUUCAAAACCCUGGGAAAUAAUUUAAAAAAUCGUAAAUAACAAACAGGUGGAUGUGGCUGCUGGGGUUAGCAUGCUAACUGGUUAGCCUUUCUAAAAAGUUACUAACAAAAAUCCAACUGGACUGAAGACAAACCGCAUCGACUCACUACUGCCGCCUAGUGCACACACAGGGAAUCACAUCAGGAUUUUA